CCGAAACUAUAACAAUUGGACGUGCUGUGAAAAUUAACUUUGGAUUAUAAUAAAGAUGAAGAUUUUGUUACAAUUGUCUUUGCUGACUUUAAUACUGUGUAAAUGUUCAGAUGUCAAGGAGCCUAAAUGGAACGUACCCAGUAGUUCUGAAUCUGUGGAAUACAAUGAAGAAAUAUCUGAUGAAAUGUUUAAUAAAAUGGAUAUAUGCAAAUAUGGAAUUCCAUCAAAAAUAAAUUUUAUCGACCACAACCAUUCAAUAAGUAUUCUAAAGUGUGGAGAAUAUUUAGCAGAGAUUGAGCUGCGUGAGCGACGCCGAGAAUUCAAUGAGAAAUGUCACAACAAUGUUAAAAAACAGUCGACAAUUGAAUCUACGCCGGAAUAUUCUCAUAUGGCAGCAGUUGGUUCAGAAAUUAAGAGCGGCAAGUUCAUAUUGCAAUGUGCUGGAGCCCUUAUCAGCCCCAAUUUUGUAUUGACAGCUUACACCUGCUACAUCCACCCAAACAAAAAUCUAACUAAUGUCUCAGCAAAUAUUGUCAGACUUGGGACUGCUAAUAUUAUGAACCGAUACAAACCCGCUGUAAAUAUAGGAAUUAAACGCAUUAUAAAACAUCCAAAGCAGAAUGGCAUUUAUAAUAAUCUGGCUCUUGUUGAACUGAACAAUGCUGUGGAAUUCUCAAAGUACAUCCAACCGGUAUGCUUAUCAACUGUUGGGUUGAAUUUCAACCGACCUAUAACUGUAACAGGGUGGCAUUUUAGGAAUAGUAAACAUAUAGACAAAGCACUUGUCCACACAUUGCAGUCGGGCAACAUGAGUAUGAGUAAAAUUUGUUCCACAAAUAAAAUGCAUUCUAAAAGUUACUUUAAUCGGCAAAUGUUUUGCUCUGAAAAUAUAAAUAUACAUGGGAUCGCAUCUUGUCCGAGCAAAAGCGGCGGUACUGUACAAAUGAUUUUAAAUGUUAGUAAAAAUGAGGGUUCUUUUUAUAAACUAUUGGCGAUUAUGUCUCGACCAAGUCAAAAUUUACCAAAUUUAUGUGAAUCUAAUAAGGUCAACUAUAUUGACAUAAAGCCUUAUAUAAAAUGGAUUGAAAGAUACGUGUGGCCCGAACACUUUAAGUGAAACAUUAGACCAUCGCAUUGUUAAUUUCUUCCCCAAUGUACGUAGUAAUAAACGAAGAACGUGACUGUUAUAAAAGACCAUUAAUAAAUAAUAUAAAAGUACAAAAUCUAUGUAAUGGUUCUGAACAAGUGUUUGAACAAAUCAAUAUAUCUGACUCUAAAAUAAAUAUAUUGAAGAUGAUAAAAUAUAUUUA